UCCACGGACAGAUCCACGGAGCAGCUGCGCGUUCACGGCCACGACAUGGGAAACUGCCAACCGACCGUCUAUCCUUACGAGGACUUCGAUGUGGUCGCCGACAUCAAGGCCAUCCGUAAAGCCUGCAAAGGCUUCGGGACGGAUGAACAGGCCAUCAUCGACAUCCUGGCCAAUCGCAGCUCAGACCAGCGUCAGGACAUUAAACAGGCUUAUUUUGACAAGUAUGACGAUGAGCUUGUGGACGUGCUGAAGAAGGAGUUGUCGGGCAGUUUUGAGAAGGCCAUCCUCGCCAUGCUGGACCCGCCCGUCAUCUACGCCGUGAAGGAGCUGAGGAAGGCCAUGAAGGGAGCGGGCACAGACGAGGACGUGCUGGUGGAAAUCCUCUGCACGUCCACCAACGCUGACAUCGCCAUGUUCAAGGAAUGCUACUUUCAAGUGCAUGAACGUGACCUGGAGGCCGACAUCGAGGGAGACACGAGCGGGGACGUCAGAAACCUCCUCAUGGCUCUGCUGGAGGGCAACAGAGACGAGAGCUACGAGGUGGACGAGGAACUGGCCGAACAGGACGCCAAUUGCCUGUUUGAGGCCGGUGAAGGUCGUUUCGGGACAGACGAGUCCACCUUCAGCCACGUCCUGGCGUCCAGAAACUACCUGCACCUGCAGGUCAUGUUCAAGAUGUACGAGCAGAUCUCUGGAACUGAAAUCCUGGACACCAUUAGCGCCGAGACGUCUGGGACACUGAAGAAGUGCUACAAAGCUCUUGUGAGAGUCGCUAAGAACCCUCAGCUCUACUUCGCCCGGCGUCUACACGACGCCAUGAAGGGGGCGGGUACCGACGAGGACACUCUCAUACGCAUCAUUGUGUGUCGCUCUGAGUAUGAUUUGGAGACCAUCAAAGACAUGUAUCUGGACAAGUACGACGUGUCUCUGAAGGACGCCCUGAGGGACGAGUGCAGCGGCGACUUCAAGCGCCUCCUGCUGGCGAUCUGCCACUAAGGCGGGGGAGGGGGGGGGGGUGGCCCGGAGAUGGAGGGCAGAGUGUAUGUUUGGUCCUGUCUAACAAAGAAGCUAACACUCUGUAGCAUCGCGAUGGGAGCAGGAGGGUGGAGGUAACGCCUGAGUCACCGUGAGCACGACAGGCGCGGUGGUUUUUAAACAUGUCAUUUUUUAAACUCGAUUCCCUUUGUCUAGUGAGCAGCACAGUGUUUGAAUCACGGCGUCCGUUAACCACUGCCCGUUUCUUAGCCCCGGUUUUUAGCUUUUACCUUUCACUGACACCGUGGCGAGUCUUUGUCAGUCUCUGUAAACAGAGCACAUCGUCACACUCAUUUAAUCAUGUGUUUGAUAGGAUAACCACUGUCUGCAUGGUUGUUUGUACACUGGUUUUAGAGCCUAGCCGAGCCAUGCUAGAAGAGUAUGAUGGAAAAAAACAGCUUGACGCAUGAUGUCCAAUUUGUAAACAACGUCAGAACAAUAACCAUUUACACCACAGUGUUUCAUUAGAGUCACCACCACACGAGUAUGCUACUGUUUCUAUAUAUAUAUAUGUGUAUAUAUAUAUACAGUAUAUACAGUAUAUAUAUAUACUGUAUAAUUCACAUUACUGUAUCAUUCUUCUUCUUCCCUGGGCCAUCACCGUUCACCCUCCGCGACCCUAAGCGACUUCUAUGACUGUUUUACUGUUUCACUUUACUGUUAAAAACUCCUAAUGCAAAAACCCCUCCAAACAUGGCUUGAAACAAUUAUUUUUUAAACAGAAUGAAGAAAUGUGAACAUCUGUGACGAGAGAACACAAUCGUGGAUUGUCCUGUAUUUUGUCACCCACGGCUUGUUCACAGAUUAAAUGAUAUAUUUUAUUGACCGCUUAUAUGGAAAGAAAAUUAUAUAUGUUAAUUUACAUUAUGUUGCAUUAUUUUUGCCAGUCCACCUAUAAACUUGACAAAUCCACCUCAUCUUGUUAUUUUAUAUAUAUUUUUUUUUGUAUUUUACAACUAACAAAGUAGAGAGUUUAAUAUAUAAAAUCAUAGAGUGAGAUGUUUUAGGACGAGAAAAUGUGGCUUAAGGUGAAUUAACACCAGGACAGUCUGUGGUAUCUGAGUGUCUUUAUGAGGCAGCUGAGUUUCAUCCAAGUUGUUACACAUUUUACAAACAAAGCUGAGCAAAUCCUUGUUUGCAUCUCAAUGUAGCCAAAGACUUUUAGUUUAUCCGCAAAUAAAGUUGCUUUUAACGUC